CCGCUCCGUUAGCUCUUCCAAAUCCCUAGCCGUCGUCGCUCACUCUUCCAACCCUUGAGGUCGCGGUCGCUGACUCCUUCGUCCAAGAGAUCGCUGCCGACUCUUUCGAGUCCGCCGGGAACUGCGUCCCCGUGAAGCCGAAAAUGGACUCGAGAAAGAUCCUCGGGCGCUGUGGAGGUGGAACCACAAUGGCGGCGAUUUGAGAUUGAAGCCGGUGGUUCUGAUCCACAAGGGCGCUGUGGAGAUUGGAACCACAAUGGCACCUCUUCUCUCCGAUUCAGUUUCCACUCACCUUGCGAUGCUCGCCAGGCAGCUCAACGACCACGUCAAGAAGGGAUUCGUUGUUCAAUUGAUUGAUUACUCGUGCUGCGAUGUUCAGAAUCGCAGGGUUGGUGGCGGGGACUCUGGCGACGGAGGUGUAAGCGGGGGACUCACGAACAGUAGAGUGAAGGGACCUUGGUCGCGGGAGGAAGAUGCGUUGCUAGAUAAACUGGUGAGAAGCCAGCAGCAGCUGGAGAGGAGGACGAAGGGCAAGCUGGGGAAGAUGUUAAAGUAUGAUGAUGAUGGUGAUCUAAUCAUUUGCAAGGUUACUUGGGUGUUUUGAAUCUGUAAAGAGAAGGAAUUAGAAGCAUUGACAGUUCUUAAUUAUUAUUUGCAAUAAAUUCAACGUACACACAUUCAUGUUUCAGCUUUUGGGCCUUGCAGCUGGUAGAACUAGUAGAUACUUUUGGAUGCAUAUGAGAACAUACAAAAUAUCCAGAGAUAUGAUUGCAAACAAUUUGGGGAAAAAACAUAUCCAGUUACCUGCAGAUUGCUUUUCUAUGGGGCUUGGUCUUGGGGAUGACUCAAUUAAUGCAUCGGUACUCCUUGCGAUGUCGAUGGUGUCAUCGAAGAUAAAAGUAUUUAUGCCGAUGGGAUAGGAACCUGCUGACUGGGAUGAUAUAACAUAUUGAAUGAUCAUGGAUGAGAUCCCCAUUUGUGUUAAGCUUAUGACAUACUAAAUAAGUAUUAAAUAAUGGAGAAUAGUGUGAUCGAAUCAGCCUAUAUAAAGUGGCGUACUAUCAUGAGACAGAAGGAUGGCGAAAUGAAUUUGUAGAGGCUAACUACU